AUGAAUCCUCCCACUCCCCUUUCAUCCCUCACUGAUCCUGCAUCCUUAUCUAAAAUUACAAUCUUACUUGUACCCGUUCAUCAGCCUUCUUCACCAAUCCCACAAAAUAUCUACACGUCCUAUUCAAGCUUCAUAAAGCGGUAUCAGACAUUACGAGGAGAUGAUUUAUCUAGACCAUUACAAUCGCGAUCUAGGACCCCAACCGGCUCGGCUGAUCUACCUCCUAAUCCAAGAUUGAGAUUCUUCCCUCCAUCAACAGGAAAUAGUAUAUCAGUUUCAAGAGGAUCAACUACCAAUCAACUGCAUUUGACAUAUACUGGAAAUGCACCACCAAGGCAUACUUACCCUCUGAGUCUUCUGCGUAUGGCAGGCUUCCCUUUGAUAGUUCUAGGUAUAGCUGUUGACCCCGCAGAAUCACAAUCAGGUGAAAGUGAAGGGUACCAACUAGAUCUAGAUGAAGAAGAAAACGGAGACAUUGGUAAUAGUACAUCUUCAUCUCAAAUACCGACACUCUACUCGGAUCGUGCUUCAUCGUCUUCAACAUCACAUAAUCCUGAACAGUCAUUCGAUGAAUCAAUUUCAUCAGUCUUUCCACCUACUUCGCCGUUCCCUUUGGUAAAGAGAUUAUUGGUCGUACCUAAUCAAUUACCGAGAUCACCUUCAUCUCCCAGAAAACAGAACAGUCCACCCACGUAUGAGGGAAGAGGUAAAGGGAAGGACAAAGGUUAUAUGCGGUAUGCACCUGAAGAUGGAGUCGAAAGCUGGAUCGGAAGAGUAUUGGGGGAAGUAGUUGGAGAAUUGCUGGGAGAAUUGGGCGAGAUCGCAACCGCUUUGGAAACACCCGCAGGCAUGCGUACAUUGUCUGCAACGCUUCUACCAUCUCUCACGUCCACUCUCCCCCAUCCAGGCUUGGACAACAUGAUUUCUUCUCAUCGAUCUUCUACACCUAAUGAGUAUCCUUCUCGACCAAGUUCAUCUACUCCAGUUGGCCUACCACACUCUCAAUCUGUUUCAUCUCUCGAACAACCCAGUGGAAUGGGUAUAUCUUUGACUCGAGCAUUGACACCUGGAGGAAGGCCCACAUCCAUUCAACCACCUUCAUUACCUCCCCUUCAGACUAAUUCGAUAUCGCCUGCACCUCAGUCACAACCAGCAGCCUCCUCAAAUCCGUUUCGACGGUCUACAGCCAUAUCCUCACCAUUCACUCGAACUUCGUCUGCGACGUCUGCUCCCUCCUCAUCAACUUCUGUACCCCAGCUAUCUACAACGAAAUAUACCAAUGCAGCCUUAUCUGGUGUAGCCGGCGGGAGAUUGAUGAAGCUAUUAGGAGAUAUGUAUCUCCUCGCGGGGCUUUAUGGGGAUGCAAUCAAGUGCUAUGAAGAAGGAGCGGAGAGAUGUAGAAGUGUCGGUGACGUUCUAUGGGAAGGUAUGGCAAGAGAAGGCAGAGCUGUAGCUGGUAUCGGUGAAGCAUGGGAAGGCAGAGAUGGUUCGAAUAUGGUACAACCGUUCCCCUCAUCUCCCAUACCGGUUGAGAUCCUGUCCCAUUAUCUAUCAGCACAAGCAUGUCUCGCAAGAUCACCUCUUCCUUAUCCGCCGACCAUACUCUCUCCUUCUCCUCUAGCAGUAUCGGGAUCAAUAUCUUUUUCCGCCCCAUCAAACACAAGCCCUUCCAGUGUAGGAACAGGGGAAGGUCUAUUAGCAUAUCUUCAUACUAGUCUGUCCCUCAAAAUAAGUCAUUUCCUGUUACUUAUAUGGGCAUCCGGAGGAUGGGGUUCAAUAGCUUUAUCCUCACUCAUGAUUCACAACCUACCGAGAAGCUUUAUCGCUCCACUCCAGCCACACGAAAUGCCCGAUGCCGUGUUGCGAAGAAAGCGUAAUCGAUCGCUGCUUCUGUUAUCCACCACAAGUCAAAUAUCAAAACAAUCAAUCUUGGCUCAUGCUGAAGAUGCUCUGUCACCGUAUCACAGGGCUAUGACCAAAACUGAACAACUGGUCGUUCAUAAUGAGUUUAUUUGGUUAGCUAGAUGGCUAAAUUUACCAAGAAAAGAAGCAUCAGUAACUAGGGAAGUGAUGAAACGAUUAGCUAUGCUUGUUGUGGAAGGCAGAGAAGAAACGAGAAAACUUAACGGAGCUGGAUUCAAUUCAAAAAGGCCGAAGUCCCCACCUCGAGGGAGUCUGGAUUCAGCUCUAGCAAUCGAAAAUCGAAGUGAUGCAGAAGCUGCUUCUGCUUCUGCUGCUGUAGGAUUAGGAUUGGGUUUAUCAGUCCCAAAUCAAACUGUUGCUGUCAGAAGGAAGGAAUCUAUAGAAGGAAACAAUGGAAUUAAGAUUCUGUUCGAAAGAGUAGCUGGGAUACUGGGAAUCGAUCUGUUGACCUUGAACAAUGCAGAUAGGAAUCAGUCAGGUCAUAGACACACUGAAUCUGCGAUUAACCUUAGUACAGAAGUAGAAAUAAGGGAGAAUUUGAAAUUUGGUUGGCCGGAAUUACAAGUCGAAUUCAUAAAAGAGGGAAUAGCAAUAACUGAAGCUUUACCUGAUCAUCCCUCCAUCAUACGUCUAUGUCUCUCGGCAUUGAGAAACCUGAGCGGAUAUUUGAAUCCGCAAAGUCAAGCUGUGUUGAAUAGAAUGUAUCCUACUUCGUUGGCAACAUGCAGGAGAAGAGGUAUCGACAUCGGUCAAAUACCUUGGUGGGUGGGUGGAAAAUUAGUGCUGAGCGUUGAGAUAGCUAGUCUCCCGCCGAACAAGUUCCCAAUCGAACAUUCAAAGGAUGAAAUCAUAGUGAAAGAAGGGAAGAAAGAUCCUUUCCUCUAUAAUCCACGUUUGAAAGCUGCCGAAGCUGGCAAGACGAUACUUGUGGCGAACGAGCAAGUUGAUAUCUUCGUAACAGUUCGAAAUCCCUUUGCUUUUGACCUUGAGGUUCAGGAUUUAUCUAUAUUGACAACUGGAGUACCGUUCAUCACCUCUCCUCUACCUCUUACACUCCCUGCUACCUCUGUUCAGACAGUUCGAGUGACAGGCCAUUCUCCUGUUCCUGGUUCGAUGUCCGUCAAGGGGAUUUCCAUCCGUCUGACAGAUGGAUCGUCGACCGAAAUUCUUAUACCCAUCAUCGAUUCCAAGGAGAAAGAUAAAAGGGAUAAGAGGAAAUCUCGUUUGAAAGCUGAUUUGAGUAAAAUCAAAAGACAAGGUAUUGACGCUCGAUAUGCCUUGAUCGAGAAAUCGAAAGACGCUCAACGAGAUAGCAUAGAAGAAGGAGGUAAAUGGUUAGAAUGUAAAGUUGUUGAAGAAUUACCACUUGCUUGGAUCAAGAGAACCAGCUUGACUCACGGUACAGUAAUGUUAUACCAUGGUGAAUCAUCUAUCAUACGGAUUACGAUAGUAAACUCAUCCUCUGUGCCAAUCGAUUUCAUCAAAUUGACUUUUGAUGAUUCCACCUCGCGCGAUUCACAAGCUAUUAUCCAAGAGGGUGAAUUGACACCUGAACAGGCAUAUGAAAUCGAGUUUGACCAACUGAAUAAACCAGUUUUCACUUGGGAAAAAGAACAUCAUGACCAAAUUGAUAUCCAACCUGGUGGCAGAAUGAACAUAAAUGUUAAAUGCUUAGGAAAAGUCGGUUGUACGGACGGUAUGAUCAGGAUUGAUUAUGGAAAUCUGAAUCAAAGAAUACGAGCCAGGUCACUUAGCAUCAACGACUCAGGUUCUUCCCAGAUUGAAGGGGAUGGAGAUCUUUCAAAGACGUUUUAUACUCGUCAAAUCACUUUCCCUGUAUUAUUCACUGUAUACCAUACGAUCGAUUGUCAUUCCCUCGACCUCAUACGACUGGGCUCGUCAGAUGUUUCACCGGUCGCGCUGAACAACGUGAAAAUCAACGGGUUGCUUCGACCUAGAUUGGAAAGACUGCCCUCAACGUCAGCGGUAUCAGAAGAAUGUCUUCGGAACAUACUAAACGAUGAGAAUGAUGAUGAUCACUGUUUACUGGCAUUGAGCGUGAGGAACGUUUAUGGUGUACCGUUCGGAGUCAGUCUACAGCGAAAAGGGGAUGAAGCUGUUGAAUGUACGAGAUUAGUCCCUCCUGGCGCAACAGAACGGAUGAUUUUACCUCUUCCAAGGAAAUCAAUAUCUCAAUCACUCCUCUCACGUCCCAUACCUUCUCUUUCAUCGAAACAAUACAUAGUUGAUAAAGAGAAGAAAUCGGAUGACCGAUUAAAGAAGGAAAGAGAAUUGUUCUGGUAUAGAGAAGAAUUGUUGAAUUCGAUUAAAGCGAUCUGGACUGAACCAGGAUCAAAUAGAAGUGGUGAAUUGAACCUUAGAACUCAAUAUCUCUCUUCAUCGUUAUUGGACAUAAUCAGAUCGGAUCAGAUAGAAAUCAAAUUAGCCUUGAAAGGUUUGAAGGAAAGCGGUGUUGUUGGACCAAUGGAAUUUAUCGACGUGCAGGUUGAAGUUACUAACAAAUUAGAACGUCCAUUUAGACCUUAUUUACAUGUAUCACCACUACCUUCUUCUCCAACUGAUCAAUCCUGGACUCAACCAAUAUAUAAUCAAAGACACUCGAUUCAAGCUAUGAACACCUCUAGCAUGAAUACCAACGCCAACACACCUAAAAACGUUUUAUUCGAUGGACUAUCCUCGGCUCCACUACCUCUUCUCCAACCUGACGAAACCAUCACCUAUAACAUCGGACUGACGUUCUUGUGUCUGGGUAAAUACGGUUUGAGAGCUGCCGUAGAAGAAAUUCAAGAUGAGGCCGUCAACAAACAGGUUGGAAUACAAGGUCAUGAUGACAUUGAUGUGGAAAAGAAAAUAUGGUUUUCACCUGUUUUGAAUGUUGACGUACGAUAG